AUGCCGUUCCUGGACUACCGAAGCUACGUAGUGCAGGGCACGGUGAGGGACAACCCGGCGCUGGAGCGCUCCGUCAUGAUGUGCAACGGGGUGUCCCAGUGGGUGCAGCUGAUGAUCCUCAGCCGACACACGGCUCCGCAGAGAGCCCAGGUCUUCACCAAGUUCGUCCAUGUGGCCCAGCACCUGCGAGCGCUGCAGAACUUCAACACCCUGAUGGCAGUGACGGGGGGUCUGUGUCACAGCUCCAUCUCCCGUCUCAAAGACACGAGCAACCUGCUGCCGCCGGACGUCACCAAGGCCCUGAGCGAGAUGACGGAGCUGCUGUCGUCGCGUAGCAACUACAGCAACUACCGGCGGGUGUACGGCGACUGCUCCGGCUUCAAGGUGCCCAUCCUGGGGGUGCACCUGAAGGACCUGAUCUCCCUGAACGAGGCGCUGCCCGACUACGUGCAGGGGGACAAGAUCAACCUGAGCAAGCUGCAGCACCUCUACAGCAACAUCAACGAGCUGCUGGCCGUCCACCGCUGCUCGCCGCCCUUCGAGGCCAACAAAGACCUCCUGCACCUGCUCACGCUCUCCCUGGACCUCUACUGCACGGAGGACGAGAUCUACGAGCUGUCCUACACCAAGGAGCCGCGGAACCCCAAGAUACAGCCAGUGGCGUCGGUCAAGCCCCCGGUGGUAGCAGAGUGGGGCUCGGGGGUGAACCCCCGACUUGACCCAGACACAAUCUCUAAACACGUCAAGCAAAUGGUGGAUUCAAUCAUGAAGAACUACGACCAUAACCUUGAUGGAUACAUCUCUCUGGAGGCCUUUGAGAAGAUCUCCGCCAACUUUCCGUUCUCCUUCUGCACUCAUGAAACGGACAGGCAUGGUCAGAUCAGUCGAGAGGAGAUCACGUCCUACUUCAUGCGGGGGAUGUCGGUCUGCGCUAAACUGGGCUUCAACUUCAACGACGUGCAUAACUUCCAGGAGACCACCUACAAGCAAACCACCUUCUGCAAGGGCUGCGGAGGCUGUCUAUUGGGAGUGAAGCAGGGCUUCCAAUGUAAAGACUGCGGGAUGAACUGCCACAAGCACUGCCGAGCGCUGGUGGGGAUGGAGUGUCUGAGGAAACACAAGAUGGCCCCCAGCUCAUGCCUCUGCACCCCUGACGCCAAGAACAGGGGAAACAGCUGCAGUUCAGAGGAGGUGGCCUUUGUCUUCCCCCCGACCGGCGACACAGAGCCCAUGAGGAAGAGCAGCGACCCCCUGAGGAAGAGCAGCGACCCCCUGAGGAAGAGCAGCGACCCCCUGAGGAAGAGCAGCGACCCCAUGAGGAAGAGCAGCGACCCCCUGACGAUGAGUAGCGAACCCAUGAGGAAGCGCAGCGAACCCAUGAGGAAGGGCAGCGACCCCCUGAGGAAGGGCAGCGACCCCAUGAGGAAGAGUAGUAGCCCCCUGAGGAAGGGCAGCGGCAUCUUGAGGAAAAGCAGCGACCCCAUGGCCCUCUCCAACCGUUACACGCAGACGGAGCCAGGCACGUGGACGCCCGAGAGAGGGAACAAGAGAAUAGAGAGGAACCACGCCCAGGAGAAGUUGCAGAGCAACAGCUUGCCCUCUCGCACCCGAGAAGGCUCCGUGCCGGUGAGCUUCCUCCAGGAGAAGAUGGAGGAGCUCCACCUGUACAAGGAGAGGAACAGAGAGCCGGACUGAAGCCUCAGCACCUCUACGGAGCACCGGGGGGGGCCCCCCAUCACGGCCUCGGGCCCCAUCACGGCCCCGGG